UAGACACCACUUGUUCGAACCUACGAAGUUGGAGUGAGCUCCAAUCUGCCGUUACCAAAUACCAACCAUCACCCGCAGCUGUAGGAGGAGAGAGAGAGAGACUACGUAUAUCGCAGUUCAACUGCAACGCACGAUAUCAAAUUUCCGCAAAAUAAGGAACAAUAUCACAAGGGCCCUAAUUUCAUUUUAAAACAAUUAUACAUACGUUUUCUUCAUUUCUUUUUGUGCAUCUCUUUGUUUCAGAAUCAUUUCUUCCUCAAUUCCUAUGCCAUUUUUGUUUCUAAAUUAUCGCAAAUGCUAAUUCCUAGGGUUUUUACUGUAAAUUCGAGGGUUUCGCGAAUAUUUGAUCUUGUAGCUGUAAUUUGACGCAUUUUCGUGAUUUUUCCUCUUUUUUUUGAUCAGACAGCGAGGUUAUUUUUACUCAUAUCUUGCUGAUUGCAUCAGCGAAGGUUAAAGCUACUCGAAAUCAUGUUUGAAGCGCAUGUCUUGCAUUUGCUUAAAAGAUACUUAGGUGAAUAUGUUCAUGGACUUUCCCUUGAGGCUUUAAAAGUUAGCGUUUGGAAAGGCGAUGUUGUUCUUAAAGAUUUAAAGUUAAAGGCGGAAGCAUUAAACUCACUUAAGCUUCCUGUUACGGUGAAAGCUGGUUUCAUUGGCACUAUAACUUUAAAGGUUCCUUGGAAAAGCCUCGGCAAAGAACCUGUGAUUGUUCUCAUCGAUCGUGUUUUCAUUCUUGCUUAUCCAGCGCCUGAUGGAAGAACACUUAAGGAUGAGGAUAGAGAGAGACUUUUUCAAGAUAAACUUCAUCAGAUUGAGGAAUCCGAGGCAGCAACUCUUGAAGCAAUGUCUAGAUCAAAGCUUGGAAGUCAUGCUUCAGGAAAUUCUUGGCUUGGAUCUCUUAUAGCCACCAUCAUUGGAAAUCUCAAAAUCACAAUUAGCAAUGUUCAUAUAAGAUAUGAGGAUACUAUAAGUAAUUAUGGACACCCUUUUGCUUGCGGUGUUACCUUGGCGAAACUUGCUGCUGUCACAAUGGAUGAGCAAGGUAACGAAACCUUUGAUACAAGUGGUGCUCUGGAUAAAUUGCGCAAGUCCUUGCAGCUUGAAAGGCUUGCUAUAUAUCAUGAUUCCGACAAACCUCCUUGGAAGAUUGAUGAAAGUUGGCAAGAUAUAAGUCCAAGAAAAUGGAUUGAGAUAUUUGAAGAGGGUAUUAACGAACCAGCAUCUGAAUCUGUCGCAUCAUGGGCUUUAAACCGCACAUAUCUAGUCGCACCUAUCAAUGGGGUGCUUAAAUACAACCGGCUUGGAAGUCAAGAACGAAACAACCCAGAGGUUCCUUUUGAGAAAGCAACACUUUUCUUGAAUGAUGUUUCUUUGACAGUUACAGAGGCGCAAUAUUAUGAUUGGAUAAAACUGUUGGAGGUCAUUUCCAGAUACAGAAUGCAUGUAGAAGUUUCACAUUUGAGGCCUUCUGUACCAGUCACGGAGGGACCUCAUUUGUGGUGGCAUUAUGCCGUGCAAGCCACUUUGCAGCAGAGAAAAAUGUGCUAUCGCUUUUCAUGGGAACGUAUCCAGCAUCUUUGCCGGCUUCGACGACGUUAUAUACAUGUGUAUGCUAAUAUAUUGCAACAAUUGCCCAAUGUUGACAAUGAAGAGUUACAACAUAUUGAAAAAGAUCUGGACUCGAAAGUGAUUCUUCUAUGGAGGUUACUUGCUCAUGCCAAGGUUGAAUCUGCAAAGUCGAAAGAGAUCGCUGUGCAGAAGAAUCUUGGAAAGGGGAGCUGGUUUUCUUUCAACUGGCGCUCUUCUCCUGAGGAUGCUGCAGUUUCAGAUGGUUCAGAUGUGUCAGAAUUGACACAGGAAAAGCUGACAAAAGAAGAAUGGCAGGCGAUCAACAAUCUCUUAAGUUAUCAGCCUGAUGGGGAACUUGCUAUGUACUCCGGGAAGGAUGGACAGAACAUGAUACAAUUUCUUGUAGAUGUAUCAAUUGGUCAGGCUGCUGCAAAAAUUAUAGAUAUACAUGGGACUGAGGUCCUUUAUGGUAGAUUCGAGCAACUUAAUGUUUCAACGAAGCUCAAGAACAGGAGCACCUGUUGUGAUUUAUCAUUGAGAUUCUAUGGUUUGUAUGCUCCAGAAGGCUCCCUUGCGCAGAGUGUUUCGAGUGAGCAAAAAGAGAAUGCAUUGGUUGCUAGUUUUGUACGGUCACCUGUGGGGGAAAACGUCGACUGGAGGCUUUCAGCCAUUAUGUGCCCCUGCCAUGCCACGAUAUUGAUGGAAAGUUAUGAACGUUUCAUGGAAUUUCUUAAGAGGAGCAAUGCAGUUAGUCCUACUGUUGCGAUGGAGACUGCUACAGCAUUACAGAUGAAGUUUGAGAAGGUGACACGUAAAGCUCAGGAGCAAUUUCAAAUGGUUUUGGAGGAACAGAGCAGGUUUGCUCUUGAUAUCGAUUUUGAUGCUCCAAAAGUAAGAGUGCCCAUUCGAAGACGGGGUUCAUCCAUAAUUGAUAGUCAUUUUCUGCUUGAUUUUGGUCAUUUCACCCUAAGGACCAAGGAAGGUGUAGAUGAUGAAGAUCAGUCUAUAUACUCCCGUUUCUACAUCUCAGGGAGAGAUAUUGCCGCUUUCUUUACAGACUGCAGCUCCGAAAGCCUUGAUUGCUCAUUGUUUACUCCCCCAAGGGAUUGUGAUCCGCCAGGCACUCCUGCAGAAUGCGUUGACAAUAUCUCUUCUUUAGUUGAUAGGUGUGGAAUGGCAGUGAUUGUUGACCAGAUAAAGGUACCUCAUCCAAACUUCCCAUCAACGCGCGUUUCUGUCCAAGUGCCGAAUUUGGGAAUUCACAUUUCACCGGCCAGGUACAGCAGACUUAUGGAAUUGCUAAACAUAUUCUACAGUACAUUACAGAGCAGCAGUCGGCCCGUAGAUGAAGUUAUCGAACCUGAACUUGCUCCUUGGAAGCCAGCAGAUAUGGCAACGGAAGCGAGAAUACUCGUUUGGAAGGGAAUUGGGAAUUCUGUUGCCGCAUGGCAACCUUCAUAUAUUGCUUUAUCUGGAUUUUACCUUUACAUCCUCGAGUCUGAAAGAGCAUCCUGCUACCAACGCUGCACUAGUAUGGCUGGGAAGCAAGUUGUUGAGGUUCCGUCAGCCAAUGUUGGUGGAUCACUCUUUUCAAUCGCCGUCUGUUACAGAGGCACAGAUAUCCAAAAGGCUUUGGAGUCCUCUAGUACAUUGAUUAUAGAGUUUCAGAAUGAGGAUGACAAGAAUAUAUGGCUUAAAGGGCUUGUAAAGGCUACAUAUCAAGCAUCUGCUCCAUUAUCUGACGGUCUCCUUGGAGAUUCCAGUUACAGAGUAGCUGGUGUGGUUGAUGCUGAAAUUGCUAAGCCUAAGGCUGCUGAUCUUGUCAUUAAUGGAACGUUGCUGGAGACCAACUUAUAUAUUUAUGGCAAGUGUGGAGAAGAGGGCCAGGAGAAGCAUGAGGAGACACUUAUUAUAGAGCUUAUUGCUGGUGGAGGAAAGGUACAUGUUAUCCAUUCUGAAGGGAACUUAACGGUGAAAAUGAAGCUUCACUCUUUGAGAAUUAAGGAUGAGUUGCGAGGUCGUGUGGCAACAAAUCCGCAGUAUCUGGCAUAUUCAGUUGUGACUAACGAUCAAAUCCUUUCCUCGCCUACAUCAGUUGAUCUUCAAGCUAGCCAGUCUCUCUCGUUGCUAGCUGAAGAAGAAGACAUUUUUAGAGAUGCUUUGCCAGAGUUCACUCUUGCACCAGAUAUCAGUAUGCAAUCACAUAACCUAGAAAAUUCAGAAGCUGAAGCUGAAGCUUUGCUUUUUAAUCAGGAUUUGGGGAAAGGAAGAGCAUCCUCGUCGGAAAUAUUCUAUGAGGCUCUUGGAAGUGACAACUCUGAUUUUGUCUCGGUAUCGUUUAUGACCAACGAUCCUAGUUCUCCAGAGUAUGAUGGCAUCGAUACACAGAUGAGUAUUUGUAUGUCGAAGCUGGAGUUUUUUUGUAACAGGCCCACACUAGUUGCUCUGAUUCAAUUUGGUUUAGAUACGAGUUCUGCAAACUCCGGAGGAAGUAGUGAAGUUGCAACAAUGGCCUGUGAGGAGAUAGAAACUACAAAAAGAUUGAGAAAGCAAGACGCUGCUGAUGCUUUUGUCAAGGGUUUGCUGGGCUACGGUAAAGGACGAGUAGUGUUUAAGUUGAGUAUGGAUGUGGAUAGUGUUACUGUGUUUUUGAACCAGGAGGAUGGUACUCAAUUCGCUAUGUUCAUUCAAGAAAGUUUUAUUUUGGAUCUCAGAGUCCACCCAUGUUCCAUAUCCAUUGAGGGCACUCUGGGGAACAUGAGGCUUCGUGAUAUGUCUCUUGGCGCAGAGCAUUGUUGGAAUUGGCUUUGUGAUAUCCGCAAUCCCGGUGCUGAAUCACUUAUUAAGUUUUCAUUCAAAUCUUACAGUGCUGAAGAUGAUGACUAUGAAGGAUAUGAUUAUAGCCUUACUGGUCGUCUGUCUGCUGUUCGCAUUGUUUUCCUCUACAGGUUUAUCAGAGAGAUGACAGUGUACUUCAUGGAACUUGCAACCCCCCAUAAAGAGGAAGUCAUUAAGCUGGUUGAUAAAGUUGGUGGUUUUGAAUGGAUGAUUCAGAAGUAUGAAAUUGAUGGAUCCACAGCUGUAAAGCUGGAUCUUUCUCUUGACACGCCGAUUAUAAUAAUUCCAAAGCAUUCUACGAGUAAAGAUUUUAUGCAACUGGACUUGGGUCAGCUACAAAUAAGAAAUGAAAUUAGUUGGCAUGGAUGCCCAGACAAUGAUCCUGCUGCUGUCCACCUUGAUGUUCUUCGUGCUGAGAUCCUAGGAAUCAAUCUAUCUGUGGGAAUUGAUGGUUGCCUUGGAAGACCAAUGAUGCGUGAAGGCCAUGGACUUGUUAUUUGUGUCCGUCGUAGUCUGAGAGAUGUUUUCAAAAAGGUUCCUACACACUCUAUAGAAGUUCAGGUUGAUUCAUUGCAUGGUGUCAUGUCAGAUAGAGAGUAUAAUGUCAUAUUGAACUGUGCUUAUGCAAAUAUAUCCGAGGAACCAAGACUUCCUCCGAGCUUUCGCGCUUGCAAGUCUGAUCCUGAAGAUACAAUGAAAUUGCUGGUUGAUAGGGUCAAUGUGAACAGUCAAAAUUUCUUAUCCCGGACUGUAUCAAUUGUGGCUGUUGAAAUUAAUUAUGCUCUGCUAGAAUUGUGCAAUGGGAUCCAUGAAGAUUCAACCUUGGCACAUAUCAGCUUGGAAGGUCUUUGGGUGUCGUACAGAAUGACUUCUUUGUCUGAAGCAGACCUCUAUGUUACUAUCCCCAAAUUCUCUAUUGUGGAUGUCCGUCCUGAUGCAAAACCUGAAAUGCGGCUGAUGCUUGGGCCAUCAUCCGAAGUUUGCAGACAGGCUUCUGUUUCUGCUUCUGGCAGUGGCAGUGUUCCAUCUACCUCAAGUGGCAAUCUUACAAGAACCCAAUCAAGAGUUUCCUCUGCCUCCGAUAUGCCUACAUCAACAAUGUUUCUGUUGGACUACCGAUGGAGAACAACAGCCCAAUCAUCAGUAGUGCGGGUCCAGCAACCAAGAGUUUUGGUUGUGCCAGAUUUUCUGAUUGCUGUUGCGGAAUUUUUCGUCCCAUCUUUAGGAGCUAUAACUGGAAGGGAGGAACUGAUGGAUCCUAAUAAUGAUCCCAUCCGUAAGAACCACAGCAUUGUACUAAAUUCUGCUGUUUACAAGCAGCAAGUAGAGGUCAUUCAACUGUCCCCAAGUCAACAAUUGAUUGCAGAUGCUCCAGGGGUUGAUGACUAUAUAUAUGAUGGUUGUGGGAGGACAAUAUGUUUGAAAGAAGACAAUGAUCUGAUAGAGAGUCAGUUUUCUGGAUUUCAACCAAUUGUUAUAAUUGGUCGUGGAAAGCGAUUGCGGUUUGUGAAUGUAAAAAUUGAGAAUGGCUCGCUCUUGAGGAAGUAUACUUAUUUGAGUAAUGACAGCAGCUAUUCAGCAUCUCCAGACGAUGGUGUUGACAUUAAGUUUCUUGACGGUAAUCUGUCUGAUGAGAAUAACAAUUUAGAUAGGGUGGAUGAAUCGUCUCACAUAUCACACAUCUCUACUUGUGGAGAUGUUGGCUCUAAGUCUGUACAAAGCUUUACCUUUGAGGCUCAGGUUGUUUCUCCUGAAUUGACCUUCUAUGAUGGUACCAAGUCAUCUUUAGAUGAUUCGCCAUAUAUCGAGAAGCUAGUCCGCGCUAAAUUUGAUCUUAGCUUUAUGUACGCAUCACAGGAAGAUGGUACAUGGAUUCGUGCUCUGCUAAAAGACUUAACUAUCGAGGCUGGAUCAGGACUUAUUGUUCUUACACCUGUAGAUGUUUCAGGAGGUUAUACCUCAGUGAAAGACAAAACCAAUAUGUCUCUCUCAUCCACGGAUAUCCACUUGCAUCUUUCUCUUAGUGUCAUAUCUCUCUUACUGAACCUCCAAAAUCAGGUAGCUGGUGCACUACAGUUUGGAGAUGCUAAUCCUUUGGCACCCUGUACUAACUUUGAACGUUUAUGGGUGUCUCCUAAAGAUAACAGAUCUCAGUGCAGCCUCACAUUUUGGAGGCCUCGUGCUCCUUCAAAUUAUGUCAUCCUGGGAGAUUGUGUCACAUCAAGGUCAAUUCCUCCUUCACAAGCAAUGAUGGCAGUGUGCAAUACUUAUGGACGUGUUAGGAAACCACUGGGAUUCCAAUUGAUUGGAUUGCUUUCUAAAAUUUUAGAAAUGAAUGAAACCGAAGACUCUGUAGAUGGAAAGAGUGAAUGUUCUCUAUGGUUUCCAAUCGCACCUCCAGGUUACACAGCCUUAGGUUGUGCAGUUAAUGUGGGAGACCAACCCCCACCAAAUUAUGCUGUUUACUGCAUACGGUCUGAUCUUGUAGUGUCGACAACGUAUUCAGAAUGUUUGUUUAAUAUGCCAUCCAAUCCUUCCUUACCAUCUGGUUUUAGCAUUUGGCGUCUAGAUAACAUUCUUGGCUCUUUUUAUUCUCAUCCUUCUGUUGACUGUCCUUCCAAAGAUUUUUGCUACGACCUGAUGCCUUGUCUUAAAUGGAGGGCGUUUCGACACCGUCCAUCUUCAAAGCCUGCUCCACAGCUCUGCCAUGACGAUGAACCUGCAGUUUCUCAGGAAAGCAGGCAAAAUUCAAGCUCCAGUGGAUGGAACAUCCUGAGAUCUCGAGUUUCACACAAAUGUUUCAUGUCAGUCCCAAACUUUGAGAGAAUCUGGUGGGACAAAGGUGGGGAGUUUCGACGGGCAGUGUCAAUUUGGAGGCCUAUACCUCGACCUGGUUAUGCCAUUUUGGGUGAUUGCAUAACUGAUGGGUUAGAGCCACCUACUCUUGGGAUUAUCUUCUUGGCUGACAAUCCAGAAAUCUCCGCAAAGCCAGUCAAAUUCACGAAAGUUUCUCAUGUUUUUGGCAAAGGUGUAGAUGAAGCUUUCUUUUGGUAUCCAAUUGCUCCCCCAGGCUAUGCUGCAAUGGGAUGUAUUGUCACUAGAACAGAUGAGCCACCAAGAGUCGAAUCAUUUUGCUGUCCUAGAAUAGAUCUUGUUGGUCCUGCCAGUAUAAUUGAGGUUCCUGUUUCUAGAUCUUCAAGUCUAAAAACAUCGCAGUGUUGGAGUAUUUGGAAAGUUGAGAAUCAGGCUUCGACAUUUCUGGCACGUUCUGAUCUGAAAAAGCCAUCAAGUCGCUUGGCACUCUCGAUUGGUGAUUCAGUGAAGCCAAAGGCACGAGAGAAUGUGACAUCUGAGAUGAAGCUGGGAUGUUUAUCUCUCACUAUUCUAGAUAGCUUGGGUGGAAUGAUGACACCAUUUCUGGACAUGACCUUCACCACUAUCAAGCUUGUAGCCCAUGGCCGUUUUGAAGGGAUGAGUUCAGUUCUUGUUUGUUCAAUGGCGGCAUCAACAUUUAAUACACAGUUGGAGGCUUGGGAACCCCUUGUGGAGCCAUUUGAUGGAAUCUUCAAGUUCGACACUUAUGAUACCAGUAGUCAUCAAACUUCGGGACUUGGGAAGACACUGCGCAUCGCAGCAACCACCAUCUUAAAUCUGAAUGUUAGUGCUGCCAGUCUUGAUAGUUUUGCAGAGGCUGUUGUUUCUUGGAAAAGGCAGAGAGAACUUGAACAGAAAGUAUCAAAGUUAAAUGAGGAAGUUGCGCUUCAUCAAAGAGACAAAGAUGAUUCAACUCUUUCGGCAUUAGAUGAAGAUGAUUUUCAGACUGUAGUCAUAGAAAAUAAGCUUGGGUGUGAUAUUUAUGUCAAGAAGCUAGAGCAAAACUCCGACACAGUUGAACUUCUACAAGAUAAUGGCUCCACCGCCGUCUGGCUUCCACCUCCUAGGUUUUCAGAUAGAUUAAAUGUCACAGACAAAAAUGGGGAAGCUCGUUAUUACGUUGCUGUCAGAGUAUCAGAAGCAAAGGAUAUACCCAUGGCUGAUGACGGCAAUAGCCAUAAUUUCUUCUGUGCUUUGCGGCUUGUUGUGGACAACCCACCAACUGAUCAACAGAAGAUUUUCCCUCAGAGUGCGCGGACUAAAUGUGUUAAACCAUUAUUAACGAAAGUUCAGGAUGCUGAUGUGGGCACUGCCAAGUGGGAUGAGCUAUUCAUCUUUGAAGUUCCGCAAAAGGGUACUGCUAAACUGGAAGUGGAGGUCACCAACCUUGCUGCCAAAGCUGGAAAAGGCGAAGUUGUUGGAGCUUCAUCCUUUCCCGUAGGACAUGGCACAAGUAUUCUCACAAAGAUAGCUUCCUCGAGGAUGUUGCAUCAGCAACAUGCUGCUAAAAAUAUAGCUUCAUAUCCACUAAGGAGAAGGGAUCAGGAAGUAAAUGAGGGAGAAGAAAAGAAUAUUGGUUCUCUGCUGGUUUCUUCAUCUUAUUUUGAAAGAAAGCUAGUUGUAGAUCUGCAGAAGGAUACAAUUAAUGAGAAUGAAGUUGACUCUGAUGUGGGCUUCUGGAUAGCACUCCGUCCUGAUGGUCCUUGGGAGAGUUCUCGGUCCUUUCUUCCACUAUCAGUUUUUCCGAAAAGCUUGGAAGACAAUCUGCUUGCCAUGGAAGUCAUUAGCAGAAACAGGAAAAAACAUGCUAUUUUUAGAGGUCUUGCAACUGUUGUGAAUGAGACCAAUGCUAAAUUAGAUUUGUCUCUGUGUCCUUUAUCUAUGAUUGAUACAAGGACUGGAGAUACUCGUCAAGGAAUGGAGAAUAUUUUGACAUUAGAUCCUGGAUCAGAUUAUAUUUUACCUUGGAGAUGCUUAUCCGGGGAUUCUGAAGAAUGUCUCCGUGUUCGUCCUUACUGCGAUUUGUCUGGUUCAUCUUACUCUUGGGGUCUUACAGCUACUCUAGGAUUUACUUUUGCUGGUGGAAAGGAGCAGCUCUCUUCAGAACAGGGUCUGCUCUCCAGGCAAAGUACAAUGAAGCCUGUAAACAAUAUGACUUUCUCAACAUUCAAGCUGAAUGAACUUGAGAAAAAAGAUGUCCUUUUGUGUUGCAAACCUAGCGUGCAAAAUCAACAAUAUUGGCUUAGCGUUGGUACAGAUGCAUUAGUUCAUCAUACAGAAUUGAAUGCACCUGUUUAUGAUUGGAAAAUUUCCAUAAACUCCCCACUGAAGUUGGAGAAUCGACUUCCUUGUCCAGCUGAAUUCACAAUCUGGCAAAGGACAAAAGAUGGAAAAGGCAUGGAGCUACAGCAGGGUAAAAUUUUGUCUCGCAGAUGCGCUCAUAUACAUGCUGCUGAUCCCAGGAAACCCAUAUAUCUUUCGUUGUUUGUUCAGAGUGGUUGGACUAUGGAGAAGGACCCUGUUGUCAUCUUGGACCUGUCCUCAAAUGAUCUUGUUUCCUCAUUUUGGAUGGUUCACCAGCACACUAAAAGGAGGUUACGAGUGAGCAUUGAACGCGAUUUGGGAGGCACCAUGGCAGCACCCAAAAUAAUCAGAUUUUUUGUCCCAUACUGGAUUGAUAAUGAUUCCUCUCUGCCUCUAGCUUAUCGAGUUGUGGAGAUUGAGUCUCUUGAUAGUGGAGACAAUAGCAUUCUUAAGUCUGUAAAAAAUUCUGUCCCCAGGAAAAAUGUACAGGUCUUGGAUGUGAUUAGGGAUACUAGUCCUACACCUAGCAUGCUCUCACCCCAAGAUUAUGUUGGACGUGGUGGUGUUCAUCUUUUCACAUCUCAUAAUGAUACAUAUCUGUCACCUAAAGUCGGAAUUUCUGUAGCUAUACGUGAUUCAGAAAAUUACAGUCCUGGUAUUUCACUUGUUGAGCUUGAGAAGAAGGGGCGUGUCGAUAUUAAAGCCUUCAGCUCAGAUGGAUCUUACUAUAAGCUUUCAGCACAGCUCAACAUGACUUCAGAUAGAACAAAGGUUAUUCGUUUUCAGCCACGCACGUUGUAUAUAAAUAGAAUUGGUUUUAGUGUGUAUAUUCAGCAGUGCAGUACUACAUCUAUGGAGCACAUAUGCCCCACAGAGCCUCCAAAAGCCAUCCGAUGGCACUCUUCAUCCGAAGUUGAAAUGUUGAAGAUGCGAGUGAAUGGAUAUAAGUGGAGUAGACCAUUUAGUGUGGGGUCUGAAGGGAUGAUGUCAAUUGUACUGGAAAGUGAUUCAGGUGGCCGUAAUAUGAUUAUAAGGGUAGUAAUCAGAACUGGCUCUGGAAAUUCGCGCUAUGAAGUUAUAUUUCGUCCAAAUUCAUUGUCAAGUCCAUACAGGAUUGAGAAUCGUUCUAUGUUUCUUCCCAUUCACUUCCGCCAAGUCGAUGGAACGAGUGAUUCGUGGAGGUAUCUUCCUCCAAAUGCAGCCACUUCAUAUUCAUGGGAAGACGUUGGAAGGCGGCGUUUGUUGGAGCUAUUUGUAGAUGGAUCUGAUCCACAGAGAGCAGUGAAAUACAACAUUGAUGAGGUAUAUGAUCAUCAGCCUAUGAAUGUUGGCAGUGGACCAGCUAGAGCUAUACGUGUGGCCAUAGUUAAAGAAGAGAAGAUGAGUGUAGUUAAAAUUAGUGAUUGGAUGCCUCAAGAUGACCUUGUACCAGGUGCACGGAAAAGAACUUCGCCAUCUGUGUCGCCUCUUCCUAUAGCUGAGCCUGAGUAUGAAAGUCCUCCAUCUACGUCAAGUGCCGAAUUUCAUGUUAUUAUUGAGCUUUCGGAGCUUGGUUUGUCCAUUAUUGACCAUACACCAGAAGAGAUGCUCUAUAUGUCUGUGCAGAAUUUUCUUUUAUCACAUUCUACAGGCUUGGGCUCUGGGACUAGUAGACUAAAAUUGAAAAUGCGUGGACUCCAAGUGGACAACCAGCUUCCAUUGUCUCCCAUGCCAGUUCUUUUCAGACCGCACAGAGUCAAUGAGGAGAUAGACUACAUCUUAAAAUUCUCUGUGACAUCGCAAUCAAAUGGGUCGCUAGAUUUGUGUGUCUAUCCUUAUAUAGGAUUCCAUGGGCCUGACAACUCAACCUUUUUGGUAAAUGUUCACGAGCCAAUCAUAUGGCGCCUUCAUGAGAUGAUCCAACAGAUUAACCUUAAUAGGUUCAAUGCUACAGAAACAAAUGCUGUUUCUAUAGAUCCGAUUAUCCAAAUUGGAGUUCUUGACAUCUCAGAAGUACGGCUGAAGGUAUCAAUGGUCAUGUCACCAACUCAGCGACCUAAGGGUGUGCUUGGUUUCUGGGCAUCCUUGAUGACAGCACUGGGGAAUAUGGAAAAUAUGCCAGUGAGGAUACAGCAGCGGUUUGUGGAAAAUGUGUCUAUGCGACAGAGUGCUAUUAUCAGCAAUGCUACCUCAAAUGUACAGAAGGAUCUGCUAAGCCAACCUCUUCAGCUGCUUUCUGGCGUUGAUAUACUUGGGAAUGCAAGCAGUGCUCUCGAACACAUGAGCAAAGGUGUUGCAGCAUUAUCAAUGGAUAAGAAAUUUAUCCAAAGCCGACAAAGACAGGAAAAAGUAGGAGCCUUCGGUGAUGUCAUCAGAGACGGAGGUGGAGCAUUAGCUAAAGGUUUUUUCAGAGGUGUCACGGGAAUUGUAACAAAGCCUUUUGAGGGGGCAAAAUCAUCUGGUGUUGAGGGUUUUGUCCAAGGUGUAGGGAAAGGAAUAAUAGGUGCAGCUGCACAACCAGUGAGUGGUGUGCUGGAUCUUUUGUCAAAAACUACUGAGGGUGCCAAUGCCAUGAGAAUGAAGAUACAAGCUGCUCUAACUUCUGAAGAACAACUUCUACGAAGAAGAUUACCACGAGUAAUUAGUGGUGAUAAUCUGCUUAAACCUUAUGAUGAAUAUAAAGCACAAGGACAGGUUAUACUACAGCUAGCGGAAUCGGGAUCUUUUCUUGGCCAAGUUGAUUUGUUUAAAGUGCGUGGAAAAUUCGCUUUAUCAGAUGCCUAUGAAGAUCAUUUUAUGCUUCCCAAAGGAAGAGUCUUUGUAGUCACCCACCGUAGAGUUGUACUUCUGCAACAACCCUUGAACAUUAUUUCACAUCAAAGAAAAUUCAGUGCAGCCAAAGAUCCAUGUUCAGUUUUGUGGGAUGUGUUGUGGGAUGACCUGAUAACUAUGGAGGUGACUCAUGGAAAGAAAGACCAACCCAAUGCACCGCCUUCACGUGUCCUCCUAUAUCUCCAAACGAAGUCAACAGAAAGCAAGGAUCAAGUUCGUACUGUCAAAUGCAACGGUGAUUCUAAUCAGGCUUUUAAGGUUUAUGCUGCAAUUGAGCAAGCAAUGAGCACCUAUGGACCGAACCAGUCAAAGGCACUCCUGAAAAAGAUUACAAGACCUUAUUCCCCAACGGCUGACCCCAAGGAAGGACUUGGUGUGUGGUCUCCGGGACAAUUUCCAGCAUCAGUUCCUACAACAAGGUCACUAUUUGGCAGUAGCCCGAUCUAAGAAUAAAAAGUGGAAUUUAUUCUAGCUUACGUGCAAAACGUACACCAUCAAUAUGUUUUAUUACGUUGGAGCUCUCGAAUUCUCUGACACUCCUGUACAUGCACUUUCUAUCCAGAAAGGCAUGGAGGCGAUACUACAGAGUAGUCAUGUAAGGGUUUUGCCUGAUGCCCUGGAUGAGGUGGACUAUUGACCCCUUCCUGAAACAAAAAGAGGCAUAUAUGUACAUAUUAUUAGUUCAGUAAGUGUACAUGAACAAUGUGGAUCAUUCUGCUAAAAAUUAGUUAGAGUUCCACAGCUCUUUUACAUCCAUAGUAAAUCCAUAUUUGUAAAUUUACGUGUAGAAGCAAUGCUAUUCUUCAUACUGGCUUGUUUGCUUCUCUAGGAGAUGACCUGCCAUUCUUUUGCAUGACUGGAGUUACGGAAAGAAAUUAAUUUUGUUUCUUUCCUUGCUUCGUCGAUGACUUUUGAAGUGAAUACCUUUUUGCCCACAUAAAUGGAGAAGGAAGAGAUCGGACAUUUUAAGUAAGUUACAUUCUUCAUUUUAGCAAGUUGCUGAGAUAGUUGUGGAAGCAGUCUUUUCAAUCCUCUAUAUUUCGUAUCAACUAGCCGCGAUUUGGUACAGUAAUAGUUUGAUACACAGCAUACUCCGAUGACAAUUUAUGGAUUAUAGGAUAUCUGAAUCUGUAAAAUUCAACCAUAAAACUCCAAGUCUCUAACUGCUUGUCUUUUUAUUUCUGGAUCUCCAGUUACAUAUUCACUUGAAAGUACAAUGAAAAAUCCAUUUAUUGUUGGUCGUCA